GAAAUACUUUCAACACCUAAGAGAAAAAAUCAAGAAACAGAAGAACGACCCUUUUUGCAACCGGGCUUUGUGGAAAGUGUAUUUUAAGGCAGGAAAUUUACUUACCGAAAACUAACUUGGCAUUCACAGUGGAGAUAGGAAUGAACAACUACAGGAACACCUUUUUUUUUAAGGUUUAGUAUAUCAUGUCGUCUCCCACCACUUUACACCCUGCACUACCUAAAACUAGUGCACCUCUUGAAAUGGACAACUUGUAUUGUCAUGCUUUUUGGAGUUCUUUAAAGCUUUUAAUUAUUUCUUCUUCCAAUACACUAAAAAAAGUGGGAUGGAAUUUUUUUGAGAUCCCAAACUCUUUUAAGACUAUGUUGUUUGGUUUCAAGAAUUGAUAUGAAGAACAAGGAUAUUCAAACAGGGAAUUCUAUGGUGAUUUUAAAAGGUACACAAGCCAGGUCAGUGCAUGUUGGUCGUGAUCAUUCAUAUAGGUGCUUGAGAGUAAUACAACGAUAAGUAAUUGGUGCAUGGUGACUUAAUAACAUAAGAAUGACGGACAGUACUGUAGGCACUUCAGGAGAAUAUGGAGAGUGAUAAAAGUUCAUGUAACGGAAAAGCUUCAUGUAACGGAAAAGCUUCUAGGAAAUAUUAACUGUUAAAUGUGGUUGCUAUAUGGUCUGUUCUCAAAUGAUUGAGGAAAAAGUUGAGGGUCUUGGAGGUUCACAGUGGCUUGGCAGCUGGUGUAGGAUUCAGCAAAAUCGUGGUUUAUCUUCCAAAUUUGUUGUUUUAUCCAAAAAUAAAGUUUAUAUUACUUUGGUAAUCAGGUAAUGAACUGAUAUGUGCGGCCACUAGUGUCACUUCAUGCUGUAAAUCAACUUUAUUUUCGAAUCACAUCACUGAAAAGUGUUGUGUGCAUAUUUAUUUUGUGUCUACAUUUGUUGUAUUUAGUCAUCUGCUUAGUAUUUUCUCUCUAAGAAGUUUCACCUAUAUCUAAGCCUGGGUCUCUUCAUUUCUUUGGGUGAGAAAUGAUGUUUGACUGUUCUGCUGAACGUGUCCUACUUCUAACUUGAAAUUUAGUUCUUAAAUGUGAGGUUGUGUUCAUGCUAACUGCUUUGAACAGUGAUGCUGGGGAGCUUUAUGCAAAGAAACUUGCUAACUUUGUGGAAAAGCGACUGAAAAAUGAAAGGGCUGCUUCUAUAUGGACCAGCACAUUGCAGAGAACAAUUCUGACAGCAAGUCCAAUCCAUGGAUUCCCCAAGAUACAAUGGCGUGCACUCGAUGAGAUAAAUGCUGGUGUAUGUGAUGGGAUGACAUACGAAGAAAUAAGGAAGAAUAUGCCAGAGGAAUACGAGUCACGUAAGAAGGACAAAUUAAGGUACCGAUAUCCUCGUGGAGAGUCUUACCUGGAUGUUAUACAAAGGUUGGAACCUGUAAUUAUUGAACUUGAACGACAACGAGCACCUGUUGUAGUGAUCUCUCACCAGGCGGUAUUGAGAGCAUUAUAUUCUUAUUUUGCUGACAGGCCAUUGAAAGAAAUUCCCCAUAUAGAGGUACCGCUUCACACAAUAAUAGAAAUACAAAUGGGAGUUACUGGUGUCCAAGAGAAAAGGUACAAACUCAUGGAUUAA